AUGCUUCAGACUUCAAGAAAUCAGCUCCUCUACCUCAGUGCCGUGGGUGUAUGGGGUCUCUGGGGUUAUGCAUCCUUCAACGGCAUGUUCCACCGCCUUGACACGCUCACAAAGACGCUCCAUUUCCCAGACGGCAGACCCCUCCGCUCCUCGUACACAGGCCUUGCUCCACUAGAUGCGCAGCUUUCUCUCGUCACGGCAUUCUACGACGUCCUCACAAACUCCCUCAGCUCCGGCCCACGCUUGUUGUUCUUUGACAUCAAUUAUGUCGUCGCAUGCGCAAGCCUAUGGACGCUCAUUGAAUCUCGCCGUCGCGGCGUGCGUUCCGUGUUCCUGAGGUAUCCAGCGUGGGCAAUGGCUCUCUGCAACUUCAACGGUGCUGCUAUUGUGCUGCCACUGUACAUGUUCCUGCUCUGCCGUAGCAAGGCUCGCUUACGCGACUCUAGUGUGCCGUUGUGGGACGCGGUGGCGAUGCCAGUGACAGCUGUGGCAAUUCUCCUUCAGCCGCUACUGAUUUUUGCACCAGCAUGGUUAGGCUUCGAUGGGAGCGAAGCCCAUCAUGGGUUGAUUGCCCUCUUUCAAGUGACCCCUAUCCUUGUUCUUGGCUUCUAUCUAAGCCUUGUAUCAAUUCUCCCUCAAGGGCCUGUCACACCAACAUCAUGCAAAGAAGCCAAAAGGUGGAUCGUAACGUCCCUUAUACUUGCUGGCAUCGUCGCUUCGGCCGUGCACAUUUAUACUGUGAUCGGUGCACUAAGAGCCCACGAUAGCGAUGCGUCACUCACAAGACUUUUUGUUCCUGCCUGGGGUUUCACUGACCCAGGCACGAUCUUGAAGACUGCCGCGGGGAAGUCAGGAGAGUAUGCCGCGCUGCUAGAAAACCUUCAUCUGUUUUCCCAGUGGGAUUGGAUCGUUGUGUGUCUGACAACAGUGGUUUCUGUCCACUUGCUUCUUUCUCGUCGGGAUGGGCUCAAGGUCGACGUGUCUACAUCGCCACACGAGGUGCAGGAACUGGUCUAUCUUGCAAUAUCCACAGCCAUUUUUGGGCCUGGAGGUGCUGGUUCAUUCACACUUGCUAUCCGAGAAUCUAGGAUCUGA